AUGGAAUACUCAUAUUUAAAUCAAAGUGUAUUCGAUACAAAUUAUUUACAAUCGAGUAUCGAUUCAAAUACAUUAAAUAAUAUACCAAUAUCAUAUGGUGAAUUAACAACACCAUCAUGUGGUCAAUUAUCACAAGUUGCAUAUAGAUAUUCCCAAUCUGUACAAGGUACAUCUGGUUUAACAACAAAAUCACCAUAUAAUCAUCAUCAUUUAGGGCAUUUAACAUCAAAUAAUACAACAAAUGAACAGCCAACAUCAUCAUCGACAUCAUCAUCGAUAGCAUCAUCAUCAUUAUUACCAGCAAUUAAUACAAAUCAUCAAAAUUUAACAAAUAAUCCAUCACAGUGCCUAACUGGACGUAAUGUAACAGCAGCAAAUGCUGCUGUUGCUGCUGCUGCUGCUGUUAAUCAACAUGUUCAUAGAUCACAAAUGUUUCAAGCAUCAUUAAAUUUACAAGGAUUGCCGUUCAAAAAUUAUGUUAAUCAUGAUUCAGUUUUAUCAGAGAAACGAAAACAACGUAGAAUACGUACAACAUUUACAUCGAUUCAAUUAAAAGAAUUAGAAAGGGCUUUUCAGGAAACACAUUAUCCAGAUAUUUACACUAGGGAAGAAAUAGCUAUGAAAAUAGAUUUAACUGAAGCAAGAGUUCAGGUUUGGUUUCAAAAUCGUCGAGCAAAAUUUCGUAAACAAGAACGUUUAAUACAACAAAAAAGUCAAAGCUCUAGUUCAACAUCAAAGGAUACAACACAAACGACAACAACUACAAGUAAUUCAAAAAAAGAAAUAAAAUCUUCACAAGAACCAUCCGAAUCAUCUAAAGAUUUAAAAAUUUCAAAUUGUUCAAAUUCUAAUUUAAAUAUUUCAGAAAAUCAAGACCAUCAAGAUAAAAUUACUGAAGAUAAAAAAUCACCUAGCAGAAAUAAUAAAUGGAUAAAUGCUUCAAAUUUAUUCCUGCAAUGUAAGCAAAGUAUUGGGUAUAACAAUCAUAUCACAGUAGGAACAUCACCUUUUUCAUCAUUAAUAACAACAACUUCUGGUGCCGGAUACCUAUACGAUUCACUGGGAUAUAAAUAA